AACUUUUGCUGCUUCUUCAGUGAUAGAUUGAAGUUUGCCUUAGAACCUCGUUUCAAAGUGUCGAGUGUAUUUGAGCUCCCACUUGAUCUCGUUAUGGCUGAAGUCAGCUGGAGGGACUUAUUUUUUUCCAACAACCCUCCGGGGUUUCUCAAAGGAGAAAACACAGACGACUCAGUUUUCCUCCCCUUUUGUGCAGAAAACGAAAAUUGGGAACUAGGAGAGAUGGUCGACAAGUCGAGACUCGCAAAAGAAAACGAUAUACAGGUAUUUUGGCUUCGAAUCGAAGGGCGAAGUAAAUACGUCGGCAAAGUUUUUCCCGAAUUCACCGAGGAACAGGCUAUAGAGCAGCUUCACCGUCUCGGAGUGUCUGUGGGUGAUAUUCCAAGAAGGCUAAACGAUGCUUUGCACGAAUUCGAUAGAUUCUUUCGCGAAGCUCGGGCAUAUAGUCAUGUCGACAGAUUUUGCCUGAGUCGAGAGAAAAUAUAUUUUCCAAGAUUUUAUGGUGUGGUCACCGACAUGACAAGAUAUCGGUUCUCGUCUGGAUAUGCGCAUCAACGGGCUGUGGUGCUCGAGGCAAUCAAACCUCACUUGAGCUCUCGACGUGUUCUCAGUGAAGAGGGCGGGGUCGUCUCUAACCUGCCUGAAAGCUUCCUGACGACACUGAAGGACCUGCAGCUGAGUCCAUUUGAACAGAAAUGGUACUGCUCUCUGCUUACGGAUCGACUUCGCCGCUUAAAUGCCCUACACAAAAUCGGGGUAACCCAUGGAGAUGUCAAGGACUGUCAUUUUCGACUUCCUGGUGACUUUUACGAUACAGUUCUAUAUGACUUUUCCGCAUCGUAUGCUUUCUCCGAUAAGUGGCCGUUCAGGGUUAAUUCGGGCAGACCCCGGCCGCUAAAACGAAUAGCAAAGGGCGAACGUCAGCGUGUUGAGCUUCAGGUUACGGAGCGAGCUACGUCCCGAGACUUUCGUUCUCAUUUAAUCAAAUCGAGUUCCGAGAAGGUGGUUGAUGAUGUACUUUGGCAAUCUUUCAAUGAAGACGAACAACCUUUGGAACUGCUUAUAUUUAAACUCCGCAAUCGCCCGGAUUAUUUUUCGAUGCCGAGUCUGAACUCGAUCUUUCCCUUCCUGGAAGCGGGAUGUCCAAAGUCCGAUUUUUGCUGGCAAAUCCGUCGGGGCCAGCUUUUACAUCAUUAUGAACCGUUUUGGGCAGUCUACCAUAGCCCCAAAGACCAGGCCUCGUCGUUAUCCUUCAGUUGGGAGGUGCAGCUUGAAUCUGUCGAGAUAUACGAGUCAACCUUCUUUAUGCUUUGCCUAGUGCCAAAGUCUUGGAUUCAAACAUCGGGUGCGAAUUGCGAUUCUCAAUCAAAGGUCAGGGGACUUGGCGACAAGUUACGGCAAGCCUGUCUGCACCUUGGAUCAUCAGGAGGUUGUGUCUCUGUCAUUGAACUUGACAAUUUUAUGUGCAUAGAUGAGGGGAAAUUUCUGUAGAGCGAAUUUGUGAACUCCAAGUUGCAAAGCGGGCCUUCAUGUACUUGAGCUUGAUGUUUUUGCGAAUGGGAUCUAAUGUACAGUACUGUACUAUAAGAGAGGGAAACCCAAUAUCUAUAAUCACGGCUCAAGUAAGCUACAUUCCCACUGGAACUCUGUCUUCACUGAGCAAAAAUUGGCCGAUCGCACAACUUGAACUAGCAGCCCUCGAUAAAGGCUGCAAGUAUAGCGCAAAUCGUCACAGUGAAAUGAAGUUCAGAUGGGAAUUUGAGGACACUUAGGUAGUCGAGCAAACGUUUGAGCGAGAACCAAAGUAUAACUUAUGCUUUAAAUGUGUACAGUCACUAACUGGGAGCAGCACACCACUAUCCAAAGAACAAACAUUCCUAAAUCCAGAAGUCCGUGUUGAAC